CCUGAGCACUAGUAGCAAAAAAACUGUAGUGGGGCGAGAUUUCUGGCGCUUAUCCAGAUAAUUAUCAAAUGGCCCAGUCUUUGAAUUCCCUGACACUAAACAUUAUUAAGGGCAUCAUCAUGAGUUGGGGACAAACAUGAUUUUGAGUGUAACAACUUUAAAGAUGAAUAAAAGAUGAACGAAAAGAAAAAGUGACUUGUCCGUCUGAGCAAUGCUACUUGUUUUGUUCUUUUCUGUUGGAUCUAUUUGUCAGAAUGAAACACAAACCAAAAUCCUUGAGUACCAUUUCAGAUAGAGCAACUCUAUUUGCUAGAGCAAAAUGAAGUAUCAGCUGCUACAGCUUAUAGUUACUCUGUUUAUGGUCAUCACAUGUGGAAGCCUAAGGGGAAGUACUGGAGCUUGCAAUCCCAAUGACUUGGAAGGUUUGAUGGGUUUCAAGAAUGGGAUUCAAAUGGAUACUUCAGGACGCCUUGCAACAUGGUUUGGCCAGAACUGUUGCCAAUGGGAAGGUAUUGUCUGUGAAAAUGCAACCUCCAGAGUGACAGAGAUAAACCUUCCAGGAAGCAUUUCCACAGAUGAUGAUUUGUCUCAAACCCAGAUGAAAGGCUUGCUUUCUCCUUCCAUAACACUUCUUACCUCUCUUGAAGUCUUAGAUCUUGGUGGUUUAGUUGGGCUCAGUGGGACAAUUCCACAAACAGUGGGUGUGCACCUGCAGAAUCUCCGGAAGCUCUACCUUUAUGGCAACAACUUGACUGGUCCAGUACCAGAAAGCAUUGGUGAGUUGUCAAAUCUUCAAGAACUGGCUUUGCAUGAAAAUGGGUUGUCUGGGCCAACCCCUUCAAGCCUAGGAAGCCUGAAAAAUCUCAAAAGGUUGCUGCUUUAUACAAAUCAAUUCUCAGGUACAAUGCCAGACUCACUUGGUAAUUUGACUAGUUUAAAGGAAUUGGAUGCUCACGGCAAUUCCUUAACGGGUCAUAUACCAGAUAGAAUUGGUCAGAUGCAGGCUCUGGAGAAGCUUGAUCUUUCUGACAAUGUGUUAAGUGGGAAUAUACCUACUUCACUAACCAAUUUAACUGCGAUUUCAGUUUUAUACAUGGACACCAACCUUCUUGAGGGAACCAUACCAUUUCCCUCAAGAUCUGGUGAAAUGCCUUCUCUGGAAUUCUUAAGGCUCCAUAGUAACCAUCUCACUGGGAAUAUACCUUCCAGUUUUGGCUAUCUAGCUUCCCUCAAGAGAGUUUCACUCUCAAACAACAAGCUUGAAGGAGAAUUAACUUCUAGUUUGGGCAAUUUGUUAUCUCUGACUGAACUUUAUCUCAGUGGCAACUUCUUAUCUGGCCAAAUCCCAAAAUCCAUAGGACACCUCUCUAAGCUCAUAAUGCUUAACAUUUCCGAUAAUCUGAUUGAAGGACCAUUGCCUCAAGAGAUGUCAUCCCUUCAAAAUGUGCAAACCCUUGAUCUUUCUUUUAAUCAUCUGAAUCUCUCUGCCAUCCCAGAAUGGCUUGUAAAUCUGCCGUCACUUUCUCGUAUUUAUUUGGCAGGUUGUGGAAUCAAGGGUGGCAUGCCGGACUUUUCACAAACAGCUGGUGGUCCAAUUCAGGAAUUGGACUUAUCAAUGAACUAUCUCAGUGGAGCCAUACCCUCCUGGAUUGGAACCCUGGACCAGCUCUACUUGUUAAAUCUCUCAAGGAAUUCAUUUGAUUCAAACAUCCCCGAUUCUAUCACAAACUUGCAGGAUCUGGGUGUUCUUGAUCUUCACUCAAAUAAGUUAACAGGAUCCAUGAAACGAGUUUUUGAAACAGACCAAGGUAUUUCUGGGGGAUCACUGACAUACAUUGAUCUUUCUGACAACAACUUCUCAAGUGGGGUUGAGGAAAUUGGUGUUGGAGGGCAACGUGAGAUUCUUCUGAAUUUGUCACAUAACCUUCUGAGAGGUACAUUACCAGGUUCUAUUGGGAGAAUGAAUUCAAUUCAAAGUUUGGAUUUGAGCUUCAACGAUUUAGCCUCCCCAUUGCCGGAGAUGUUGGCAAAUCUAACCUCAUUAGAGAGAUUGAAGCUGCAGAAGAAUCACUUUACAGGUAAUAUACCCAAUGGAUUUCUGAAGCUGAGACACCUAAAAGAAUUGGAUUUAUCAAAUAAUUCUCUUGAAGGGGAAAUUCCAGAAGGCAAGCCUCUGAUUGACUUUCCUGAGAGUUCUUAUUCUGGAAACAAAGGCUUAUGUGGGAAACCUUUAGUUCCCUGCAAGAUCUGAGGAUUGCCAAAUGUUUGUUUUAUUUUUUGGGACAAAAUAUUGUCAGAUGUCAUCGGAAUGGAAACCCAGGAAUUGGAUUGAUUUUAGUUAACUAUCAUGUUUAAAUCAGUCAAAAGCAAUUGCCUUUGGUUUAUUUGUCGUGCAGAACUAGAAAACUGAGCAUUCACUUAUUUUCCAGCGGAAUACGAGGAACACCUGCUAUUAUUAAUUA